AAAAUUUUGAAACAUGGAAUCAGAAUCUAGUGAUGAAGUCGAAUUCCCACCUAUCGACGACGUUCACGCCUUUAUGAUGCUCACUCCAGUCCCGAUGAUCUUGGAAGAGCUUGAUUACACAAAGAUUUUUGGGAAAACAGAGGAGGCUGAGUUCCUAAAUGAAGGAAGGCAUGAGAUGCAGCUUGCCAUUAAAGAGCAUUUUACUAAUAUAAAGUUAUGUCUUACCUCAGCACAGACCUACCUUGAUAGACUUAGCAGUGUUGAAGGGGUUCUUCACAAGAAGAAGGGAACGAUCAAGUGGGGAAAGAUGUUCACAAGCCUGGGUAAAGAAAACCUCAAGAUAAAAAUCAAAGAAAGAUCUCAUAUAAAAGUCGAAAUUUAUAUGGUCCUAUUUAGCAUGGCUAUAUUCCACAAAAUCUACGCUGAACGGAUCAUUUGUAAAACCACAGAUGAUGAUAUUGAAGAGACCAAGGAAAGAAUCAAGGAGUCAUGCGGGCACAUUAAGGAAGCAGUUAGUAUCAUCAAAUUUUUGUCACUUAGGAUCCCUGAGGUGUUCGAAUUCCCUAUCAAAGAUGCUUCAACUCUCAGUGUGAUGUUUAAAGACUACAAUAAAUACCUUCUAAGUAUCCUUGAUGUCCAUUUUCAUAUGAUCCAGGUUGAGUAUCCCUUUGAGAAGAAAAUGGCAUAUGAGCUUGCUUCUAAAAUGAUGAGCCACUGUGCACUAAUGAUGGAGGAAAGUGUUAAACCCAACCUCAAAUCAUUUAGGGAGCAUUAUAAGAAGCCAAAAGAGAUAGACUUGGCUUAUAAUUAUGCAAAUAUCCUUCACAAUCUGUGCAUCGCUCUUAAAUGGCUGGCCAGAGGUCUUAACCAUCACAAAUCUGGAGAGAAGGAGAGCUGUUAUUCUGCUAUAAAUGAGGCAAAGAAUAUUGGUCAGAAAUGCUACGACUGCUUCGAGGAUGCCACCAGUAGAGCUGAGAACUAUUAUUUCAAGUACAUUGAGAGAUGGCUAGAAUACAUUGCUGCAGUGUACGACUACUUUAAAGGUUAUGCUGAUAAUGUCGAUUAUUGAUCAAUGGAGUCGCUCUACUCUGGGCCUAUAUUCGAAGACAUCAACCUACUUGAGAAGAAGGAGAAAAUUGAACCUAUAGAGAUAGAAAAUUGGCCGAGAUUGUAAAUCUGCUUAAAAUCACCAGAAUUCUCAAGAGUUC